CUGCACGCGAGAUAGCACUUUCGCUGCUUUCUUUUGUUCUUCUAUUUGAUUUUAUUGGGAAACAGAUGUAGUAGAAUCUCUUACUUCCUUUUCACUUUCCCCUUUCAAAUCAAAAAGUCAACCUCCAUGCUUCUCUCGGAUUCUUGUUCAUGUUGCUUCCACUCACUGGUUUCUAAACACUCUUUUCCCUGCCUUUUUACUUUCUUUGCUUUUUCUCCCUGCUUUUCAUCACGAAAAUUAUAUUUAAUUUAAUUCGCCUUGUUUUUGUUUGUUUGUGGUGGUUUUUCUCAUCUUCAUUCAUUUCUGCUAUAGUUUUUGCUACUCUUUGGGAGGACAGAAGUGGUGAACUAUGAUUACUCAGUGUCCUCUGAUCUGGGUGUUUUUAUGAUUCAACUAUCAUACCAUUACAAGUUCUUGAGUUUUAUUAGUCGUGUGGGUAAAUUCUGGAUUUUUGAAAUAAUUCUUUUGGAUUUCUAAUCUAUUUGGACCAACAGAUAAACUAUUUUCCAUUUGUAUCUUGUCAAAGGACUGUUUUAUCAUUCUUAAUAGUCUUCUCAUGGUUUCACAGUAUAACUGCAUUUCAUGUGAAGCUAUUCUGCAAUUUCCUUUUUUUCUUCUUAAGCUUUAAAUUCUAUUGACCCUGUGCGAUUUUUUUUUUACAGCUUGUAAACCUUCACAGGGCAACAACUGAUGUAAGGCGAGAUAUUGCCUUUUGCAUAAAAGGACUCUGCAACCAACAUGGACCACCUGAGCUGAUAUCUGGAUUCUUUAUUUAAAUUGCUGUCUAUGCAGUAUGAGGUUUUGUAAUCUCAGAACCUUUUUCAUUAUUGGAAUUGAAGAUUAAGGAAAUGGACAAGGUUUGUGAGUUCUGCACGGCCCUGAGGCCACUUGUUUACUGUAAAGCUGAUUCGGCAUAUCUUUGUCUAUCCUGUGAUGCGAAGGUGCAUUUGGCAAAUGCUUUGUCCGGCCGGCACCUCCGGAACCUUGUGUGUAACUCAUGUGGACAUCAUGUUGCUUAUGUUGUAUGUUUGAACCACAAAAUGUUAAUCUGUCGAGACUGUGAUAAAAAAUUGCACAAUGUUUCUUUAUCACACCAGAAACGAGCUAUCAGGAGUUUCAUAGGUUGCCCUUCUGCUAAAGACUUUGCAGCACUCUGGGGGUUUGAAUUGAAUGAGAUUGAAAACUGUGCCAGUCAGGAUCAGUUUGAUUCAGUUUCCUGUGUUUCUGCGGAAUUGAAUGUAGCACAAGUCUCAGGAAAGCCUGAUAUUCAAAAUGAGGUCCCUUCACUGCUAGCUGGGGCCAAACUUGAUGAGGAAUCGACCGGUCAACAAGGUCAGAUAUUGCACAAUCAUCAAGAGCGUCAAACUAUUGUGCAGCAGAUUAUUGAUCUAAAAUGGCUCCAACAAAAUGAGGAGAUUGAUUAUUCUGCGAAGAUCAGUAGGCUAAAAGAAAAAAAAUCAUCACCUUCAUUAUAUCACACUCUUAAGAAAUUGGACGAAAAAUUCAAUGGUCAAGCAAAAAAUUCCCAGGAUUUGGCUACUGAUGUUCUGGAAAAAGACUGUCCUAUUGUGGAGCCGAGUACAGAAACUUUGCCUUCAACUUUUUCUCAACUUGAUAAUUUAUCUUCAUCUUCAAUUAUCGAUCUUCCCUUGCAUGGAGAAUUGUUCUGGACGUGCAGAAGUCCACUUCGAAGUAAUCAGCUGUGGUCCCAAAAUAUUCAAGACCUCGGUAUAUGUGAAGAACUUGUUCGUCUAGAUGAUUUUAACAUCCCUGAUGUUGACUUAACUUUCCAAAACUUCGAUGAAUUAUUUGGAGGAGAUCAGGAUCCAAUUAGAAUAUUGUUUGAUGAUCAAGAUGUCUCCUGCUCUUCUUUAGAGAAGGAUAAGUCAAUCGACAAGUCAGAUAUUGACAAUCUAAGUGCAAUGGAGGAUUCUUCGGCUUCUGCAUCCAUUAAUCUCUCCCAAUCUGAUCAUGAGAACAAGGAUAUGAACCCUCUCGGCCAGUACUGUCCAGAAAGCAUGGAUCCUACUCAUGCAACUCAACCAUUUGAUUCAGCUAUACCCUUAUCUGUUUUGGGAAUCAGUCUGGAAAGCAGUUUCACACAUGAGGACGGUAUCCUUUCUCCCUACAGUGAAGGGAAGGCUUAUUCAGGCAUGAGAAGCAAUUUCGACUUCUAUCCAGGAAACCUGGAGCUAAUGUAAGAAAGAGAGUGAAAGGCAUUCCUAUGACAGAAAUCAUUUGACUUUUGCAUAUUCAUGCUGUAGAUAUCUCUCUCUCUUCCAGAUUGUUCCUAAUCAUGAAGCAUUUGUUCACUUGAUAAAUUGAUUCACUCACAUUUUUUCUGUUGAUAAUAUAUUGUAAAAGUAUAGCAUCAUAAUAUGUACUGCUUAUUCAGAAAUAUAUAGUUAAUCUGUGUAUGUAAAUACGAACAAAUUCUUCUCAAAUUUGAGUUUUCUUCCUCUUAGAAGU